AGAGAUCUUUAGCUUCAUCCAGCCGCCGGUUCUGGCAGUGGCCUUGGAUCAUGGCCGUCCACGGCGCGUGAGAGAUGCCCGUUAUGGGCAUAUGGCACGAUCAUGGCCGUGCUAGAAACGAGGGUUUGCUCCGGCAUGGAGUGGAAUACCGCCUCCGCCUCGCCGAGAUUGCCACUCGGCGAGUACAUCUGGAUCAUCGCGUUCCAGGUGAUGGAAUUCUUUGCAGGGAUGCGAUCGAAGAGCUGCUUGGCGCGCUGCACGUCCCCGGCCGCGGCGUAUGGGCGUUGCCGCGGUAUGCUUUCCAGGACCGAUCGCGCCUGCUUCAGGUCGUGGUUGCGAAUGUAGGCCUGGAGGGUGAGAUUCCAAGAGAAGAGAUUGGGAUCCGAGGUAGAAUCUGAUAGUCGUCAGCUGCUCUAUACCGAUGGCUUUCCAGUAAGAAACGUGUUUAACCGUGUUAUAUGCGCUUGCUUCAAUGGAGCGUCCAACACCGCUCAAACAGGAGGCUUGGACAUGCGAGUGAUAGUAAGCAAGAUAAGCAGGGUCUGACCUGAGGUUCUGCUCCGCCUCCACCACAUCCAGCAGCUGAUAUCUCCAGAGGAUCUCAAGGUUUCUAAGCAAUGCACGGCGUUAUUGCUUUCUACAAAGACACCACGAGAGUCCUUGUUAACACUCUUGGAUUUCAAAGUUAUGGAGGCACACGUCUGGGUGGGAUGUUUUGUCAGAAAUCCUGGAGGUCUCGAGUUUUCUUGACUUUUAGUUUUAGGGAAGGUCAGGUAUGGACGUCCAUGAGCAAGAUGAGAUUGCAGUUUCGCAAUGGUUUCAAGAAGCAUGAGCCGCAGGUCUUCGAGAUCAUAACCUUUCCAAAGUUUGGCAUUAAACACAUCCAGACUCAAGAGGGAAACAUACUGUGGGACUGCAUCGCAUUUCUAGACGAUGCCACAGUGGAGAUAACCAAGUCACUAGGUGGAUUGAGAGCGAUUGCCAUCUCUCACCCGCAUUACUACAGCACAAACUCUCGAUGGAGCGAGGCUUUUGGAGGCGUCCCGGUUUAUACCCACGAAUGAGUGGUUUACCAGCACGAAAUGGUUAAGUUCUACUAUGGGAGGGACUCACGCUUUUAGCCAUUUUGCUGU